AUGAAACUAAGUAUAGAGGUCUCUUUUGAAAAUGUGUUGCGCAACUUUCAAAAACACUGGAAUGUGAAGACUAGUGAAUUGAGCAAGGUGUAUGGCCCGGUGUUUACCCUAUGGAUCGGUCCCUUACCAUUCGUGUUUAUAUGCGACCCCGAUAUGGGGCGCCAGGCCUUUAAUAAAUCACAUUUCUGUGGCCGACCGGAAACACAAUAUCAAUCUUUAUACAAUGAUGAUAAAAACGCGAGGGGUGUGCCAAGUGCUGAUUAUGGUCCUGCCUGGAAUAGUGGACGUAGGAUUAUGAAUGUGCUUAAAACAAAUUAUGCCAAAUCCAAUGAUUUUUCGCAAUUAGUGGCCAACAGUACGGCUGAAAUGUUACGGUUGAUAAAGGUUGAAGAGGCUAGCACCGAAACAACUUUAACAGCAUAUAAAUGGAUGCUAUUAUAUCUGGCUUAUUACCAAAAGCUGCAGCAAAAUAUACGUGACGAGAUCAUGAAUGUGCUAGGCAAAUAUAACAUUCCGGUAGAUAGUGUGUUAAUGUUGCAUCAGGCACAUAUCAUGAACAAUCCAGAGCAUUGGACAAAUCCAGAUUGUUUUAACCCGGAUAGAUUUCUUGAUGAAAACGGUUGUCUCGAUCUAGUUAAACCUAAUGCUUAUAUGCCGUUUGCAAGUGGUAAACGUAUCUGUCCCGGCGAACCAAUGGCACUGAAUGAGUUAUUUUAUAGCAUGGUCACAUUGUUGCAGUUGACCAAGGACUAUACAAUUAACUUACAUUGCGAAACUGAACGCACAUUGACUAUGCUUGAAUCUGAUCCAGUUUUGUUUGAGAUACUCAUUAAGGGGUUUACCUCCACUCUCUUUUCUACCCUCUUCUAUACACUCUUGAUUAACCUCAAUAAACAAAUCCCAAUCACUUUUGGAUAUAUGCUUGAGAUGUGGCAAACAUUUGCCACUUUUAACCAUCGGUGGUAUUCUGCGAUAACUGGUGUUUCUGCCGCCGGCAUAGACCGGCACCUCAUCCAGACUUAUAUACUCUUCGGCCGCCAUUUUUCCUGCUAUAUGUUUGCGGCGAAUGUCAGGGUUCAGUAUUUGGAGAAUAAAAUUCACUGUUGCCUGAAAUAUUAG